AUGUCCAAGAUCCUGACCGCAGACGCCAUCCUCUUCGGGAUCCUUGUGUUCUCAGGGAUUUUUGGAAAUUUUCUGGUCAUCCGAGCGGUCUUCCAGUUGUCCCUGGAAAGUGCCGCCAGGCAACUCUCCCCCUCCAACGCCAUCCUGGUGAACUUGUCCCUGGCCAACCUACUGACCACACUGUUCCGCACGGUGCCCAUCUUCGUGUCCGACCUGGGCCUGGAGCUCUCGCUGAACGACAGCUGGUGCCGCGUCUUCAUGCUGCUCUGGGUGUGGUGGCGGGCGGUAAGUUGCUGGGUCACCUUGAUGCUCAGCGCCUUCCAGUGCCUCACGCUGCGGAGGCAGAGGGUGGCCGUGGGCAGCCUGGCGCAGCGGCGCGAGCGGCUCCGCGUCCUAGCGGCCCUGGGAGCGGUGUGGGCCGGCAACCUAGCCCUCUCGCUGCCGGCGCUGGUCUACACCACGCACGUCAAGGGCAACGUCACGGUGGAGGUCAUGGUGAUCAGCUGCACUACACGCCCCCUGCUGGGCUGUAUGUGGGUGUUCCCCUCUAGCCAGCAGGCUGUGGUGUUCGCCUCCACCUCCCUGGCCAUCAACGAGGUGAUCCCCCUGGUGCUCAUGGUAGGGACCAACCUGGUCACGCUCUACGCACUGAACAAGCACAUCCGUAGUGUCCUCUCCAGCGGCCACAAAGACCUGGACCAGCACAUGUCCACUGAGCGCAAAGCCGGCCAGGUGAUCAUGGCGCUGGUGAGCCUCUUUGUAACCUGCUGGGUGCUCCAAGUUGCCGCAGUGACCUACUACAACCACAACGGCGGCCGGCACACGGAGGCGCUGCUCACUAUCGCUCACUUCUCCGCCUCGCUCUUUGUGGGCUUCAGCCCCCUGGUGUUGGCCAUGGGGCACAGCAAGCUGAGGAGGAAGAUCCAAGGCACGGUCUUCGGCAGGUGCAACAGCAAGGUGGCGUCACGGGGGGGGGAGAUGGAAAGCGUUUCCAGGACUGCGGCCUGUAAAGUGCAGCAGAGGAGAAAAAGUAGGACAACGAGUACAAGAGAAAAAGCAAAGUGA